AGACCUUAUCGCAGAAUGCUACUCUGGUAUCUGAUGGUGACACGAGUCAUUCAGCAUCGCCUUGCUUAUCGUGCCGGAGGCGGCAUUAGACUUUGGCAGGGAUCAAGACAAGCGUAGAGGUCUUGACUUAAAUAUCCAGAGAUCGGGAGCUCGUUGUAACCUCACCUAGCCAGCGAUUUGUGCGCCAGGAACCUUUUGUUAGCCUGCCCUCUGAAUUUCUCAGCCCUUCGAAUCUCACCCCGCCCUUGAGAUAUCCUGCGCCAUGGUCAGCUGGAAAGGCCUCCUCUCCCAGAAGCCGUCUCUGGACGUGCCUGGUCUGGAGACGGUUGAUCUCGCCGAUACCGAGAUGGAGAAGAGGAUCGUUCGGAAACAGGACAUGCGGAUCCUGCCAUGGAUCUGCAUAACAUACCUGUUGAAUUACCUUGACCGUGUCAAUCUGGGCAACGCGCGAACCUUAAACAACGAUACGCCAGAGCACAACAUCGUGGAGCAGUUGAACCUGACAGGCCAGCGAUACAAUGUCGCCGUGGCCUUGUUCUUUGUGCCCUACGUCAUAAUGGAAUUCCCUAGCAACAUUCUCCUCAAGUAUUUUUCUCCCAGCAAGUGGAUUUCCAGAAUCAUGGUGUCAUGGGGCAUCAUCACCAUUUGCACGGCAGCCGUGACCACCUACGAAGGGCUGCUGAUUGUGAGGAUAUUCUUGGGCUUGGCUGAGGCUGGUUUCUUCCCCGGUGUCAUGAUGUAUCUCUGUUUCUGGUACAAGCCAGAAGAACGAGCGACGAGAAUGGCCAUCUUUGCAUCCAGUGUUGCUGUCGCGGGUGCCUUCGGUGGCUUGCUCGCUACGGGUAUCUCGUUUUUGAACCAAAAGGGUGGCUUGUAUGGAUGGCAAUGGCUCUUCAUUCUCGAGGGAAUCCCUGCUGUCAUUGUCGGAGUUAUGGUGUGGUUCUGGCUUCCGGAUUAUCCCCAGACCGCGUCCUGGCUCACCCCGGAGGAGCGUGCCUUUUGCGUCAAGCGUCUCGGCCCUUACGCUCCCUCGAUGAACGACAAGCACUGGGACAGCAAGGUUGCCAAGAAGACGCUCAUGGAUCCGUUCUUUUGGGUCUUCGCCAUCCAGUACUUCCUCAUGACCAACUCGCUCAACGCCUUCGGAUACUUUGCCCCGACAAUUGUUGCGUCGCUUGGCUUCAAGGGUUACGAUGCGCAGCUGCUGACUGUGCCACCCAACGUCUUCGCUCUCUUCGUCAUUGUUGGAAACUGUCUGCACAGUGACAGAACAAGGGAGCGAUCGAGACACGUCAUCGGAGCCCUGGUUUUUGUCGCUACUGGAUAUCUCUUGCUGGCCGUCGUCAGACACUGGGGCGUUCGCUACUUUGCCGUCUUCAUCAUCGCCUGCACCAACUCUGCCGUGCUUCCGUUUGUGGCUCACCGAACUGCUUUGGUUCAAGGCUCCACCGCUACAGCCUUGGCUACGGGUGGUAUGAUCUCCAUCGCCAACUGCGGUGGUAUCACCGCCCCGUUUUUGUUCCCCAGCACGACUUCCCCUCUGUAUGCGAUGGGCAACUGGACAAUUUUUGCCUUCUUGAUUGUCGCCGCCUGUAUGACGGUGUACAUUUGGCACACAUUCGGAAGCCAUGGAGGGUACAGAACCGGAGAUGGCACUCUCCACAUUGUUGAGAUCCUUGAUGGGGACAUGAAGGAUGGCAAGUUGGAAGCAGAAGACGGCACAAAGCAGAAGAAGGAGGAGGAUGUUUAGAUGAUAUUCCGAGGGGAAUGAUAAAUAGAUGGGAGCCAGCGAGAGAGAAUUAGUGUCGUCUUGAAAAAAGUCAUUUUGCAGUGUCUAUCCGCCAGACUGAGACUUCAUCCUACUUAGCUGCCUGCAAUACUUACCACAUAUAACCGGCAAACCUUCUCCCCAUUCUAUCAUU